AUGGCUGGCAAUAAAAGCCACUCAAGCGGCCAGAAGCCAAAGGGCUCAUCCUGGAGACGUACUGCUGAUUAUGUCUAUGCUUUCUUCUUCAUACUCCAUAUUGUGAUUAUGUUUAUGGUUGAUUUGGUGCCGUUAUACCCCGAUGCCUUGAAGCCAGCAUUCCUCGACGACAUCCGCAGCUUUUAUAUCAACACUUACCAAGACAAAUUCUUCACUGACCCUCCGGCUUGGUUUGGAAGCUAUGUCGUUAUGGAGCUUGUUUACCAUGUCCCAGCAAGUAUAAUCAACGCCUCUAAACUUUUGAACGACGACUCAUCCGCACCACUUCAUGUGCUUGUAUGGGCCAUUCAGACAUUCGUGACUACCUUCACUUGUGUAGUGGAGGUGUGGAGUUGGGUCGACCGUACGACUGAUCAGAAGAUGAAUAUCAGUCUACUCUAUGUUCCCUAUAUGAUAUUCGGUGAGCCCAUAUCAUUCUAUUCCUACUAUAAUUUCACUAAAGCUAAGAAAACCACAGCUGGUCUGGUCGGACUGGACAUGUUUGUCCGUUUAGGAAACUCUUUGAAGAAGCUCAAACGGGAUUAA